AUGGCUGUCCAAACCAACGGGCACGCCAGAGUGCCCCAGAUCAAAGAGGCCAACGGCACCAUCGACCCCGACAAGAUGAACGGCCACAUCUCGCGGUCGUCCAAGCCCGCUCCUCCGCGCAGGAGCUUCGCCCGCUGGGCCUUCAGCAAUGCUGCUCGCCUGCUGGUGUGGUAUACCAUCAUUACCAUGGUCUUUCGUUGUCCCAAGUCCCUAGACGACCUCACCGACGACUCCCCAAAGCUCUGCUCCCCCUACUUGCAAGUUCAAUCGCAUGCGAAACCGUACCUGGAACCGUACUACGAAACCUAUGUCGCACCAUACGCUCAGAAGGCCCAGCCGUACGUAGACCGCUUCAACGAGCAAAUCUACGCUCCGUCAGCCCAGUUUGCCAAGCAGACCUACAUGAGCUACGGCGCACCCCGCGUCGCACAAGCACAACAAUACGUUCUGGCUGAGUGGGAGAGGUCCCUCAAGCCUCAGCUCCAGACGGCACAAAGCCGCGCAAAGGAACAGUAUGAUGCUACGCUAGCUCCUCACGUCGACAAAGCGUCCGCUGCGGCAGCUCCCUACUACGAUCAAGCGUCGUCGUUGGCCGGCAACACUUACAACAGCAAGCUCCUGCCUGCUUACGAGUUUGUUCUUCCUCAUGCUCACAACGCGUAUGCCCACGGUCGCCACUUUGCCGUCGACAUCGGGUAUCCCUACGUUCAGUACGGUGCCUCCUCUAUCGGUUCUUUCCUACUUCGCCAGGUGUGGCCGCAGAUCAGGAUUCUGUAUGGCGAUAAUGUUGAGCCGCAAUUGAUGCGCAUUAGCGAGAGGUUGGGACGCUACAAGGAUGGCAAGAAGUUGGAAGCCGUCGUCGAGGCCGCUGACAGUACUUCUAGCGCUGCGUCUGCGACGUCUAGUGUUUCUUCCCUUGUUUCUUCAAUGGCUGCUUCCGUCACGGAGUCUGAUGCGAGCCCCACCAGCUCCAGCAGCUCUAGCAAAUCCGCCGCCAAAUCCUCCGAGGCAGACGUUCGCGAAAAAGUCACCAAUGAUCUCCGAUCGUGGCAGGAGAAGUUCGCCAAGGCUGCUGACAAGGGCUCUGAGGACCUUGAGGAGCGUGUCCAAGAGAUCACUAGCCACCAGAUUAAGAGCCAGGCCCUCGGAGUUGGCAAUGCUCUCAUUGUGCGACUCCAGGAAACUUCCGAGCGGAGACUUAGAGACGUCGAAUCUAAGAUAAACCGGGAAGCCGAGAGCCUUCCGGAAGAGGCAACGGAAGAAGAUGUCGAAGCUGCCAAUGAGGAAGUUCUCUCGGUCAUCCGCGCUGCCGGUAAAGACAUUAAAGAGAAGGCUCAGGCUCUCCGAGCUUGGAAGCAAAAGUACGAUGAAGAAACUUUCUCUCUCGUCAAGCAAGCUUCCGACUCUACCCUCGAAGUCAUCGAUAACAUCCGUGAUUUGGGUCUUCAGGAAAUCGGUAUGCGCUGGGCCUGGAUGGACGGCGUUACUUACAAGGACUGGUCCAAGUACCAUGCUUUGAAGAAGACAUUCGAUGAGUGGCGCAGCGAGGUUCAAUCUGUCGCUUUGAAGCAUGAGGGUCUCAUAGCCGCCAAGGACGAGGGUGCCAAGGUUGAAGACAGCGGUAUGGACAUUGCCGAAAAGGCAGCCAAGGAGCUCAUCAGACUCAAGGACGUUGCUCGCUGGAAGAUUGACACUCGUGACAGCUCGGACGACUUCAGCUCCAAGGUUAUUCCUGCCGCUGCUGUCAAUGCUGUUCAAAAGGCCAAGCAGGCAGCUAACAGUGUCAGCUCUGCUGUAGUUGGUGAGGAAACACCCCAAGGCGCCUUUGAGGCUGUCGCAUCCUCCGCUUCUGAAGGCGCUGAGAACUUUGCCUCUGUCGCUUCUGAGCAGGCAGCGGAUGCUAGCUCGAAGAUCAGCGAGUCUGUCAUUGGCACCGAGCCUGCUCUUUCGGAGCGAGCUGCAACCAAGGUUUCAGAAGCUGUCAUGGGCACUCAAGAUGCUACUGACAGCCUUUCUUCUGUUGCUAGCUCCAGGGCUUCUGCUGCCAGCGCGGCUGCUGGCGAAGGAGCACAGAGCGUUGUUUCCGCUGCCAAGCUCAAGAAGGAUCAGGCCAGUGAGGCUAUAAUUGGCACCCCGGCACCUCCUCACGAGUCUGUUCUGUCUAAAGCUAGCGAGGCGGUUAUUGGAUCGGAGACGCCUGUCUACGAGUCUUUGGCCUCUCAAGCCAGUGAUGCAAUUAUUGGUACUGAGACGCCUGUCUACGAAUCGAUGGCUUCCAAGGCCAGUGAGGCCGUCGUUGGCAGCUCUACUCCCGUUCACGAGUCUGUUGCCUCCGAUGCGUCUUCUAGCAUUGAGUCCGCAGCUUCGGCGGCUUCUGAGGCGGGUAGCGAAGCUACGGAAUCAGUCAAGAAGGUCUGGGGAGGAGUGGCUGCCCAGGUCGUUGUUGAGGCUAGGCAAAUCAUCUUCGACGAUAUCAUUGAUGAUUCGGACGAUGAUACUUACUCGGAGAAGCUCCAAAGCAUGGUCAGCGACGCUGGAGACCAUGCCGCUGACCUCACCAGGGCCAUUAGCGAGGCAAUUCUUCGGCCUACACCUACUCAGGGUACUGUAGAGUCUGCGACCUCCUUGGCUGCUGAGCAGUACGACCGCGCUCUCAAGGCGGCUUCCAGUGUCCUGUACGGACCGGAGCAGGGCACGGUUGAAAGCUUAUCCAGUGUUGCGUCCGACAAAUAUGCCCAGGCUGUUACUGCGGCAUCUUAUGCCAUCUACGGCACACCGACGCCCGUACUCAAGUCCAUGCAGGCCCAGGCUAGCGCGCAAUAUGAUAGCGCUGUAAACCUUGCAAAGGAACGGUACGAAUCUGCCAAGUCUGCCGUUUCUGCUCAGGUAUCCGGCACGCCGAAGCCUAUGUCUGAGGAGAUGCUUUCGUCUGCAUCUGCUAUCUCCGACGCAUACACUUCUUCCCUUGCAGUCGCUGGCGCGAAGUUGUACUCGGUCCUCCACCCCUACACUGAGUCUGUAAAGAGCUUGGCCGCUAGCCCAACACAGAAUUCCUGGGAAUCCGUUUCUUCCAUUGCCUCUUCUAGGCUGAGCGAAGGUCUCAAUGCCGCUUCUGCUCAGUACUCCAGUGCUAAGGUUGCCGUUGGCGUGGAACCUACUCCUGCUUCCCAGCAGUACAUGGCUGAGGCGCAAAGGCGGUACUACGAGGGCGUUGGGCUGGCUCAUGCCCGCUACUCUGAGUUCCUUGAGGCCGCCUCCAGUGCCGUCUAUGGUACUCCUACUCCGGCCUACCAAGGAUACUUCACUGCUGCACAGAGCCAGUACACCGCUGCGCUUGAUGCUGCUUCCAGCAAAUAUCAAGAGCUACUCGCCUCUGCUAGCUCCGCGGCUGGCCAGACAAGCAAGUUGCCUGCACAGAGCGUCCUCGAUUCCGCAUCUUCUCAGUAUGAUGCGGCCGUUGCCGCUGCUGCUUCGUCUUUGUCCGUCGCCUCUGCUUCUGCAAGCCAAGCCAUAUAUGGCACUCCCAAGCCUGCCUACGAAAGUUACGUUUCGGCUGCGCAGAGCCAGUAUUCCGCUGCACUUAGUGCCGCUUCAAGCAACAUGGAAGAACUUUUGUCUUCCGCCAGUUCUGCCGCCGGUAAGACUAGCAAGUCGCCUGCGCAGAGCGUCCUAGACUCUGCGUCAUCUCAGUAUGACGCUGCUGUUUCCGCCGCGUCGGCAUCUCUUUCUGCUGCAUCUGCCUCUGCUAGCAGCGCCGUCUACGGCACGUCUACCGGUAGCCUCGAAUCUGCCGCAUCUGCCAUUUCCGAGAGGGCUGAAUCAGUUGCCUCUGUCGCCAGCUCUGGCAUUGCUGGCACCGAAACUGGUUACGUUGAGUCUGUUGCCUCCCAGGCGUCUGCCAACUGGGAAUCCCUGAUUGCCAAGGCCAGCGAGCAAGUCUACGGCCAGCCCACACCAUGGUAUGAGUCUGCUUACAGCCAGGCUGGUGAUUACAGCGCACAGGCCACUUCUGCAGCUGCCGUUCAGUACGCUGCGAUCCAAUCUCUCAUCUCAGAUCUGGUUGUCGGGCAGGAGCCCGUCUUUACUGAGAGUGUGAUGCAGCGCCUGAGCAGCGCUUAUCACACCGGAGCUCCCGCAAUGGUAUCCAGCGCUUCGUCGUACGCCAACGAGGCAUACGAAUCUGCAUCUUCGGUUGUGUCGGCCGCAUUCACUCCUCCUGCCGCUCUCGAGGACAUCCUCAACAACGCUUCUAACCAGAUUAAUGAUGCAGUAGAUGCCGUCUCCGUGCAAAUCUACGGCACUGAGAAGAACUCGUAUGAGAAGGCUUCCGAAGCCGCAGGCUCCGCCUACGCCUCAGCAUCCCAGAAGGCUUCCGAAGCCGUCUAUGGCACUCAGGCUGGCUACGCAGAGCAAGCACAGAGCUCUCUCGCCGACGUAGCAUCAUCCGCCCAAAAUGCCAUCUCGGUUGCCAUCUACGGCACGCCAACCGGCUCCGUCGAAGCAGCGACCAGUUCCGCUGGCAACGUAUACUCAUCCGUAUCGGCAGCCGUGUCGAGUGCGGCGGAGCAGAACAUGGCAUCUGCGGGAUCGGCCGCAGACACUGUCGGUUCAGCCGUCAACGACGGUUACGCUGCUGCAGCAAGCAGGGUCAGCAGCGCGCUUUACGGACCGCAGCAGGGUGCGAUGGAGAGCGCAUCGAGCAGGCUGGCUAUAGCUAUGGAGAGCGCGCGCGCCAGGCUAAGCUCGCUCGCGGAGAACUCGGGCGAGUAUGCGGGCGAGAAGGUCGAAGACGCGAAGAGCAAGGUUGAGGAGAUGGCGAGCAGUAUCAGCGAGGCUGCUACUGAUGCCACGGCAAGGGUGAGGGAUGAAUUGUGA